CCACUCCAGGCGUCCCGACAGGGGGCAGCGCCCCCGCGUGCCCGCUGCUCUUGGCGGACAAGAGCCCGCCGGGCCUGAAGGGCAAGGAGCCCGUGGUGUACCCCUGGAUGAAGAAGAUCCAUGUCAGCGCCGUCAAUCCCAGUUAUAAUGGAGGGGAGCCCAAACGCUCUCGAACCGCCUACACCCGGCAGCAGGUCUUGGAGCUGGAGAAGGAGUUCCAUUUUAACCGCUACCUGACCCGGAGGCGCCGCAUCGAGAUAGCCCACACUCUCUGCUUGUCCGAACGCCAGGUCAAGAUCUGGUUUCAGAACCGGAGAAUGAAGUGGAAGAAAGAUCACAAACUGCCCAACACCAAGAUGCGAACCUCCAACCCGGCCUCGACCUCUGCUGGCCCGCCAGGAAAAGCACAAACUCAGAGCCCACACCCUCAUCCUCACUCUCUUCCUGGUUCCUCCACACCCAUUCCCUCUUCCAUAUAAUGUUCUAGAGACCUAGUCAGUUUCUUGUACGUCCCUUACCUGUUUUUCUUCUCUCUGCUCCUGCCCAUUUCUCCAUCCCUCUCUCCCCAUCUGGUUCAUAACAGACACCAAAACAAAGCCCAACUUGGUGAAAAGGAUAACCAAAAAAGAAGACAUUACUCCCAGGAAGAGUGUGUGCUGAUUGCCACCCAAGAGAGGACACUUGUCCAGGUUGCUGCUUGGUGGCACAACCUGCUGGCCUGGGUUUGUAUAUCUGAGAAGAACUACUUGGCAUCGCAUAUAUUUAAGAUGUCUAAAGUCAGCUGGACAUAACAUACUGACUGGAGACAAUGUACUUGUAUAUUUGUUGCAAGAGGAAAACAGACCUUUUCCCACCCUCUUUACCUCCUCCUUCUCCAUUAGGGCAGCUCACACAAACCGUGAAUUGAACUGAAUAAAUGAGUGGACAUUGUGGGCCUCACAUGAUUAUUUAAUUCUCAAAAUGUGUAGGUGUGAUGGUAGGUGUGCCCAUUAGUUUCCCUUCCUUGCAUUUAUUUAAGAUAUUGUUAAAGAGAUACUGUCUUAUUCAGGGACACAAUCUCCAGGGAGAGGGGAAUGCAUUUAGAUCCAUGUGCAACUGUACAAAUUGUGAUAUGGCUGUAUAGAAAGCCAUGUGCCAAGAAUAAACUUUGUUUUAAAAAACAUUAAAAAUCUAAAAGACA